UUUUCAUAGGAUUCUCUCAAAAUCUUUCCUUUACUUUACCAACAGUGUUUGGACGAUCCUUUGAUAAGAAGUGACUGGUUGGACACACUCUAAGGAAACUUCUCAUAACUGCCUUCAAAGGUUUAGAGAUACCUAACUUAUUACUAUAAACUCCAUUGUGCUCAAAUAUGGUAUAGAAGAUGCUGUCAAGAAUAAGCGGAAUAAAAAGCAAGACUCAUCUCAUCCCUAGAUCAAUUAAGAUGCCUCAAGGCUACUCUCACAAAUUUGUGCAACAGAAAUAUUCUUACCCAGGAGGACUGAAUAAGAUGUUCUUGAGAUCAUUCUCAAUCACUCCAAAAUACCAAGAUAAGACUGCAGAAGUUUUGGAGAUCGAAACAGAUCCUCACUUGUAUCUGAAUAUUCACAAGAACCCAUAUCAGCAACAAGUUUGGGCAUCGAGAUUGCAAAUUCCAGAAGAAUUUGUGAGCAUGUACUUUACUCACAUCAAGAAGAUCAUGGAUGCUGGAGGCGAUAGAGCAAACUCUUUCAAUCCAGCUAAGUUUGGGAAAGACACACCCAAAAUCGUCGUAGCUGAAUACUUAAAGAGUGUUGAAUCUGAACUUGUCAACACUUUUCAAAAAUAUGGAUCUCAAAAAGGUCUCACUAUUGAAGCUUUUCUCAAACAAGAAGAAAUUAAAAAUCCCAAGAGAAACUUAACUAUGCCAGAGCCUGUUGAAUACCAAAAAGAGGAGCGCUCUGCAUAUGAAAAAUUGCAACUGGAAUAUGAAAAAGAUGUGUUCCAGGUCAAGCUUGAAGCUGAAGUUGAUUCCAUCAUGAGCGACUUACUUGGUACCUAUAAAGAGCAAUCUAGAAUUAUGAAUCCUCUCAUUAGAGACACAUACAAAUCUAAAAGUCAAGAUCCAAAACAAGCUGAAGUUGCAGAAUACAUUAAGAUUGAUAGACUUCUUAAAAGCCAUUCUACCUUAUCUGCUGAUGAGAUCCAAGACUUCUUGGAUGUUAAAGGGAAAAGACUUUCAGAAUUAGACAAGAAAGAUGAGGCAUAUCUUGAACAUCAAAGACAAAACAAGCUCAUGCUUAGUACAAUUGCUAAUAUCAAGAUUGAGCAGAUAUUUGAAAAGAGAGUUCAGUUGAAAAACAAGCUGAAGAUGAUCGAAGACCUCCACAAGAUGUAUCAACUUGAAGAGAACACGACUUCAUCUACAGUCAAGCCUUCAACAUUCAGAUUUUUCAAUAAUCUUGAGCAAACUCCAAACAGACCAAAGCAUGUUGCCAAGAUUUAUAGAGGAAAGGACAAAGAUCUUCUAAGAUUAGAGACACUUAUACUUAAGCUCCAGAAUGGACAGAGAGAUGUUCAGAUCACAGAUGAAAUCAAUACUAUUUUGUCCAAGCUCACUCCAAGUACUGUUGAAGAGCUCACCCUUCUGAUGAAGUACGCUACAGUUUCUAACAAUGAUGCGUUAGCCCUGGACAGUUUGGAAUCUGUUAUUGAGAAAGCCAGAAUUCAGAAUGAAUCAGGAGAAGUUCAUAGCUUCCUUCCUGUAGAUUUUGCUCUCUUUAAAGAUCUUUUUGAACUGUUCGUCAGAAGAGAUAACUUCAAAGCUCUUGGUGUAUUGAUCAACUAUGCUGAAGAGAGGAAGUUGAAAAUUACAAGUUUGAACUUAGAUCCCUUCAAGUCAAGUCUUGAAUACUACCUUAACCAUAACUUUAAGUUCAGCAAUUUGCUAGUAUUCAUGAAAUACUACGUAUACAGACAAGAAUGCUUGUUCAGAGAGUUUAACCUGACUCCAGAUAAAUUAAGAAAGCUUGCUCCGACUGAGAUUGCUGAAUAUGGCAGCAUCAUGUUCCCUCAUAACACCCUUGCUGACAUGAGAGAUUUGUUCUCCUACAUUGUAAAGAGACUGACUCUACGUGAUACUUCAAAGAUGAACUCAAAUGAGGUCCUUAGCUCUAACAGAGUUGUGGAUAAUCACACUAAGCAGGACUUAAUGGAGAAAUUUGUGAAUUACUUUACUCAAUACACUGUCCCAUUCAUGGAUAGGUCACAGCUUGUGAACAACUUUAUUAGAGAAAAUGAUGUUGCAGACUACUAUGCAGGAAAAUUUGACGAACCUAACUCCUUAAACUCAGUUAUAGAGCUUUCUCUCAAUUAUGGCGACAGAGGAAUCUUCACAAGAUUUAUACAGAAUCACUUAGAAAACUAUAAAGCUAGGAAUUACGGAAAACUCCCUCCUUCAUAUUCUAAAGAAGCAGUUGCUAAAUAUCUUAAGAAUCUAAAAGAUAGAGUAUCUAGUAGAGAAAUCUUUCAGCCCUCUGAGAAAACUAAUGAACUUCUCUUAUCAAUCAUGAAAGAGCAUGGUAUGGUUGAAGAGAUGAGAGGACUAUCAGGACCACUCAAGAAUCAUUACAUCACUGAAGCUAUUUGCAACUUGAAGUCUGAUGGAACUCCUGAUUUCUACAGUAGCCAAGUUCAGAAAUUAUUCAAAACAAAGCAAGAGAAGGAGAGUGACCUCUACAUUGCUUGCACUAUAAAGGCACUUCUUAAAGAAGGAGACAUUGAUUCAGCCUUGAGAGUUCUUGAUGAAGGGGAGAAAGCUCAAGUAGACAGGAAGAAGGCUAUUGAAAAAUAUUACACCAAUGUCUACGAUCAUUGCUUUGGAUCAGAGUCCAAUGACAUUCAUGUUGACUUCUUCCCAGAUAUCCUCAAAGAAAGAGAGGAAAGAAUCAAGAGAGAUAUUGAAAAAGCAUCUCAAGUGUCAGAGUACCAGAGGAAAUUACUUCAAGAGAAAUAUAAGAAGAUUGACAUCAAAGCCAACUUGCCUGUUAGUUACACAGAUUUCAAAGAGAAACACUAUGGAAUGAUGAAAACUCUUAAGAACAACACUCAACAAAUGAUGCUUAUGAAGAUGAUUAGAGCUGCUGUGAAAGACAAAGACUUUAAAAAUAUCGACCAACUUUUCACAUAUCUCAUGGUGAAUAAGGAAGAGGAAACUCUCAGAAAGGGCAUUAGAAAUAAAAUUGAAGCCUAUUCAAAGAUCUACAAAUCAUCCAGCAAUCUUUCCACUCUCAAAGAGGCAAAUGAUCCAUUAAAAAUUCUGUUUGAUUAUGUGAAGAAGCCAUAUGAUGACCUUGACACACUUACGAACAAAUACUUCCUCCUUGUGCCUGAAGUGAGAAAGAAACUUGACUCUAUUAGAGCCAGGAAAGAAGUCCUUCAUGAAAGAGUUAAGCACCUAAUCAAAGAAGAUGAUGCUCUUUUCAUGAGUGAUCACUCUCAAGACAUGUUCAAACACCUCGACCUCUCUGAGCUUGAGGAUCUAGGAUUUGAUUUCGAGAAUACAGAGGCUAAGGAAGCUAUCCAGAAGAUUGCCUCACAAUACGAUUAUUUGAUGAGCCCUAUUACCUCACUUGAAAAGCACUACAAUUUCAGUGAAGAACAAUUAACAGCAGCAAGGCAGGCCAGAAUUUUGAGCCCACUGACCUCAUAUAAAGAAAUUUUAGAUUUUAUCAGAGUUAAAGAAGGGGUUAACUUUGAAGACAGACCAGAGCAUCUCCUUGCCGAACUAAAGCACAUUCAGAAAGAUGACAAAGCUAGCAAAGAAUUCUUUGACAAAUAUAAUACAGACAAGCUAUCUGGAGGGGUCAGGAAAAGACAUAUUGACAGCUUAUUGCUCAAGCUAAAGAAAUCAUAUGAUACAUCAGAGAACUCUCGUAUUGCUAUGGAGGAGUCAACCAAGAACAUCUUCUCUGACAGACUUGAGAAUUACUUCUCUGUGGAAGAUGAGCCAGGCAAGACAUAUUUUAUCAAUCACUCAACUGGAGAAAGAAUUGAAGUAGAUAAUACCAAGUUGCUUGAAGAUCAUAAAUAUUUCACUGAAAUAGUGGCUAAAUUAGCUCAAACUGAGAUCGACAAUAAAUUGUUCAAGAAUUUCAAAGAAAAUUCGAAUGAGGAUAAAAUGUUGCAAGCAAUGAUGAAAUCUAGAGAAUUCAGGAAGUACUACUUCUUCAUUAGAAAAUUCUACUAUGAUAAGCUAGAGUUCCUUCAAAGAAUGAAUUUGUUAAGCCAAGAUAUGAACGGAAACUUUGUAUUCCAUCAUCCUUCAGUAAAUGAGUACAAGGACAUCAAUUUCUCAAAGAAUGAUCUGAAGAAAUUACAAAAGCAUGUUCAUAAAGGCGAAACUAUGAUUAACUUAAUCCCUGGCUCUCCAAUAGACUUACAGAAAGCUGAUGCUACUCAAUCCUCUGGCAAGGAAAAUGCCAAAUCAGCUGAUGGAUCGGUGACUAUUGACAUAGAAUCAUCAGAUAAAUCAGCUAAAGGAAAAGCUAAAGGUUCCUCAAAGGAAUCUGGAUCUGAGAAGAAAAAGAUUCACAUUAAUAGUCUUGAGAACUACUCUGAAUUCCCUUCACUUGAGACCUUUAUGGAAUUAGCACACUUCAAGAAAGGACAAGAAGAAGAGGCAAAGGAGAAAUAUCAGGAAAUGGUUGAAAUCUUUAGUCAUAAAGAACCAACCAUUAAAGAAAAAUUAGGGGAGGAAUUCAUCAAAGAGUUAGCUGAAGAAUAUGAGAAUACGAAGAAUUUAUUACACCAAGAUGAAAAUGGUGAAAAGGACCCUCUAUUUUCAAAAUUCCAAACUCCUGAACUCGAAGAAUCUCUUCCUCCAGAUCAACUGAGUAUAAGAGAAAUGAUUGAGAAGAAAGAUUUUCAAAUCAAUACGAACACCGAACCAACCUUAACUUCAAUGGAAUUGAGGAAUUUCAAUAUCUUUGCCACCCAUCAUUUCGAUAUCAGUGAUUUCAGAGAUUAUUUCCCUGAAGAUGAAUAUCAAAAUCUUAGGAAAGAAUUCAAUGCAUUUGCUAAAGGCACUACUGAUAAAGAGAAAGAAAAUUUUGUCAGACAAAAAUUGCUCGGUCACAAAAUCAAAAGAGACGCAGAAACAGAGAUUAGUGAAAUCGUCAGAGAGAUGUUCCAGGAUAACUUUGAGGAUUACGAUAGAGAUAUUGCACCCAGCAAGAUUCUCGGAGCUUUCACUCCACGUUCAGCUGUUCCAAUGGAUGGCAAAUUCAAGAAAGAAAAAUAUUUCAAGAGAAUCUAUGACGAAAUGUUCAGGGAUGAGAUGAAAAGAGAGUGGUUAGAAUUCAGACAGCAUAAGAUUGACCAAUAUUUGACCAAAAACAACCUAAAAGCACAGCAUAAUAUAGACCUAUCCAUAGAUUUUGAAGCUUUAGAUGAUAGGACAGUUAAGGAAUCUAUUAAAAAGAUUGCUGCCGUUGAUCAUAUUUCUAGCUUAAUUGAUACUGUGGAAAGCCAUAGCAAAGAUGAUGUCAGGGUCUCUAAAGACCAUAUAGCAUUCGAAUUCUUUGACACAUUCAGCGGCGAUCUUGUCCAAAAAGGCUCUCUGGCUGAUGAUUUCUACAAAGAUCUCUAUGGGGAUGAUAAGUACGAAGAGUUUCUACAAGAAGUUGAAGAAGCCGGUUCAGGUGAAGAAGAUUUCGAAUACGAAAAACCUUACACUGAGUAUCCUUUGGCAGCGAAUAACAAAGAUAUUUUUGAACUUGAUCAUACAUCUUUGACCUCUCCAUCAGCUCCAAAGAAUGAUUUUGGAGAAGCUUAUGAAAUUGGGAUGAAGUCUCUUAAUGAGAGAAAAGAAAACACCCUGACUCCAGAAAAGAAAGCUGCUCAAGAUUUUGAAUAUGUAGGAGAUGAGAGUGAACCAACAAACCACAAAAUGGAUCCCACUGAUCUUAUUUAUGAGAAAGAGGACAAGAAAUAUAAGCAUGAGUUCCAUAAACAAUUCAAUCAUUUCGAAGAACAAGCCAAGAAAUCAGAUGAGUUUAUUCGUCAAAAUCAGAAGGAUCCAAAGGAGUUUAUGAGAUAUGAAAAGAUUUAUUAUUCUGAUGAUGAAUACUCUAUGAAGGAUAUUGACGAAGAUUAUUGGGAAAACCACGCGGAAUUAAGCUUAAGACCUACAGAAACUGAUCCAGCAAGAAGAAGAGCUUAUGAAACUACUCUUGUCACUCUUAAGCAUCAACUUGAAGAUUGAAUUAGAGAGCAGAAAGAAGAAAGCUUGGAAGUUGCCCUUGAAAUGCUCAAUAGAAUCCAAAAUAUUGAGCUUAACCAUACCCACACCUUGAAUAGCUCAGAGAUUGAUGCUGACUCAAUCGAAAUGGCAGAUCCUGAAUUUAGACAGAAGCUAAAUGAUGAAAUUAAAAAGCUUAAAUAUUCUCUUAAUGACAGCACUUCUCCAUCUUAUAGCCAUAUCAAGAAGCUACACAGACAAGGACUUGUUGGAGAUUCUGAAAAGACACUUCAGCUUCCAAAUGCUUCCUCCAAGGUUCUGAAUGAAGUAGUCGAUCAACUUGACAACAUCUGUGAAGAGUUAGAGAACAAGGAGAGAACAAUGAUACAAUUAGAGCAGGCUUAUACAAAUACUCUUGAGAAUUCUAAAACUAAUACCAGCCUGAAGAGGCCCCAUGAAAAAGACCUUGAAAACGAGAUCUUUGAGGCUUAUCUUGAAUAUCAGAGAAACCUGCUCAAGGAGCUUGACUAUGGAACUGGAAGCAACUUUGAAUCUAACAAAUCAGAUGAACACAAAAUCAAGGUUAUCAGGAAUGUAUUUGGAGUAAUGGAGCCAGGAAGAAUGGCCAAUGUAGGCAGUGACCUCAUUGAAUUUGGAAUAUCUCACAAUAUUCCUGAUGCUGUCCGUAUUGGAGAGAACCUCUCUGGUUUGAAUGAUGAAGAUGUGUCCGAAGACCUCCUCAAUAGACUACAUAGAUACAAAUUGCAGCAUGCAGAUGAUAUGAGAGAAGCUAUCAACACAAGUGGACCAAUGAAGAGUAUUAUACAAAGAAGAAAAGAAAGCUUGAUGACUGCGAGAGAUAGGUCUGGCUACCUCCCCAGCAACAUUGAAGAAUUGAGAGAUAAAUAUGGAGACAAAUACAACAAAUGGAGACUUCCAUCAAUUUAUGCAGUUGACCACAAGAAAUUUGGAAUUUUAGGAGAGAUUUACGGAGAAGAAAGACUUGAAAAAUUCCUUAGAUAA